AUGAACCACUCAACAACACUCUACCAUGAACUCUGCAGAAAGCUCUUCCUUGGCGGUCUCAGCUGGGAAACUGACGAGCGCGAUCUGAUGGACUACUUCAACAAGUAUGGCCAGGUGGACAAGGUGACGAUCAAGUACGACAAUGUCACUGGCCGCUCGCGUGGCUUUGGCUUUGUUACCUUUGUAAACAUGGACUCUGUUGAUGCUGUCCUGAACGCCGGCCCGCACUACAUCAAGAACCGCGCUGUCGACCCGAAGCGCCCCAAGGGCAAGACCGGCCUGAAGAAGAUCUUCGUCGGUGGCAUCAACGGUGACCUCAGCAAAGAGGAGAUCAAGAGCUACUUUGAGAAGUUUGGCAAUAUUGAAAACAUCGAACGCCCCUUUGAUCGUCAGCGAAACCGCUCGCGCGACUUCUGCUUCAUCAUCUUUGAGACGGAGGAGGCAGCCGAGUCGGCCAUCUCCAAUCCGAAGCAGGUGAUCGGCGGCAAGGAGUGCGACAUUAAGCUCGCUCACCCGCAGCGAAACCAGGGCGGAGGCAUGGGCGGUGGCCACAUGGGCGGCGGCGGCGGCUUUGGCGGUCCCCGAGGUGGCCGUGGCCCGAGCGGUGGCGGCAACGGUGGCGGCAACACUUUCUUCAAGAACAGCAACCGCAGCGGAGGCGGCGGCGGUGGCGGCAAUGGAAAUGGCGGCGGAAACAACGUCGGCAACAACUGGCGCAACUCUGAUGGGCGCCCGGCGGGCGGUUUCCGCACCGGUGGCCACGAUGACGGGCGCGGCUUCUCUGAGACGCAGUUCCUCACCAACAUGGACACCAUGCCGAACAAUGGCUACGGCUACAAGAACAGCGGCUACAACAACAACUUCUUUCCCAACUACUGGAACUAA